ACCAGAGAUUCCAGCUGUGUGAUCGAUGAGAAUGGCACAGUAGACGUUUAGUAAGACAGGCUGAACUUUGGCAUGGGUUCCACUUGUGAUUCAACAACAAUUUGAAAGCUUACCAGGCGGAUCCUUUUGGAGCCUCUUGAAAUCUCUCAUAAGACGUCUUCGACUUGGAGUUGACAUGAAUUUUACUAUGUAUUUGGGGGUAAAAUGGAAAGCCAAAUCCACUUGCGCGGCCGCCUUAAAAAUGUCAGCCAGUCUGACUAGUUUGGAUAGAUCACGUGCCGCGAGUAGGGGUUGCAGCGGCGUUUCUCCCAAAAAAAAAAAUGCGUGCGGCUGCAAAAGGAAACUGAGCUCCCAAAAUUAAUUGCGCUGCCGGUUCCUGACAUGUCUGCAAUUGUCAAACCAUUGCCGGUCAUCCAGGACACGCCUCUGACCAAGACAGAUCAGCAUCUACAGGGUCAACAUAUAUACAAUAGCAACAUCUCGCCAAGUCAAUACCAUGAGCUAGCAUCAGAAAAGGACAUGUCAACAUCUGGUCCGAGUACGAAGAGUAACGUUCUGUCGAGAUUUUUGGCUAAGUCAAAAUAUAGACUAUGGAUCUUCAUAGCAUCCAUAAUUUUGGUGUUAUUGGCCAUUAUUCUCGGAGUACUCGGUGGUCUGGGAAAGCUGUCACCCCACAGUAGCUCAGAUCUAGCCGUUAGUGGACCAUCUAUCGGAGCAACCAAGUAUCCAGGCACCAGCAAUGGAACAGCUACUCCAGGUCAUUUUGAUAUGUAUGGAUCUGGAGACGGAACUUACUAUGAUCCAAGCGUCGGUAUCACCGCAUGUGGUACUUCCAACCUAGCCACCGACAUGGUUUGUGCUUUAAAUUAUAUUGAUUAUGGAACUUAUGCCAACCCGAACGAUAGCCCAGUUUGUGGUGCAUGCAUUGAGGUAACAGGUCCGCUGGGCACAGUUCAAGUUACCAUACAAGAUAAGUGUCCAGGUUGUGGACAAGGAUCGCUGGAUUUGACUCCAUCUGCUUUCAACAAGAUUGGAGACCCGACGCAAGGGAGAAUUCCUGUCAGUUGGAAGCCCUGCUAAAACGGCCGAGCUACACUACAGCAUAAACACGACACUCUCAACUCAUAUUUCACCCAUCAUUUACACUCUUACAUUGUAAUUAUUGUAUGCUUUUUUUAUUUAUUGUACCCUGCAUAUCCAAUCUGCCAAUUUUGUACUCGAACUACCUAAAUAACCGCAAAAAUAAAGCAAAAAAGCAUCAUGUCGUUCACUCA